AUGAAGUGCACCGCCGUUCUCGCCGCCCUCGCGGCUAUUGCAAUCACUCCCGUCAAUGGAGGUCCUAUUGCCUAUGGAAUCUGCCAGACAGGCUGCAACGCGGUCGUUGUCGCUUGCUACGCGGCUGCAGGCUUCCAGUUCGGUACCGUGAUCGCUGCCGCCGCCGCUCCAGCUACCAUUCUCGCAUGCAAUGCCGCCCUCGGGACGUGCUCCGCCACCUGCGCGACUGUCGCCCUCUUCGCACCCAUCCCCUGA